GCAUCAUUAGCACAAAACGGGGUGCAGCAUUCAUUGAUUACAACAAGAGCGAAGAAGCGCUUACUCCUCAGAUAGCUUUCUUUUCACCGAAAUCGGUAAUAUGUGGACUACACGUGUUCCUUUUGAUACUGACAACGAUCGGCGGAUAAUUGCGCUAACAGUCGUUAUUUUGGCUUUUUGCGGAAGCGCAUCUGGCCAGAGUUUGUAUGGACCUGCAGAGUAUGGACCUCCUGGCGUGGGAAGCGCGUGCGCGUGUUCCUUUUACUACAGACCGGUUUGUGGUUCCAAUGGGAGAACGUAUUCCAGUAUUUGCCCUUUACGUUGCGAACAGCAGUACAAUCCAACAAUCGCUGUGCUCAGCGAAGGACCGUGCAGUAUGCUGAUCGGCUCGCGGAUGCCUAACGUCGGACCUAUACGGAUGGCCGGACCAGUUAUUUUGAGUAAUACCCUUCCAAUUUACCCAAGAAACCCAGCUUGCGUUUGGCAAUGCCCGGCCACAACUGGAUCUUACACAAACGCACCGGGGUUGCAACGGCCACUUGGUCCAGCAUCGCUGCCUGUGACCUUAGGCAUGGAUAUACCACUGCCUGUUUGCGACAAUCGGGGAAACGUUUACCUGAAUGACUGUCAAUAUUAUCGAGCGAUGUGCGAAUGGGAAAAUCGAGGACUCCCACUUAUGAAGUCACCGUGCCCUUUUGGUGUCCGCAACGGUUUUGAGACAAUAAGCAAUGUUUUAAUACAGUAGAACAGUGCAGCCGCUGUUAGCUUUAUCUGAUUUCGAAAGAUGACAACUUACGAUGUAACUGGUGAAUAACUUUCUAUACUCAGACGCAUGCAGCGCACUGUAGGUUCUUCAGCAUUUAGUAGCGGCAUUAACCUUAAAAGAUUUGCUUGAUGUACACACGCAAAGAUAUGACUAUUUAAUUGUUUUAUGUGCUGACA